AUGAAGAACUCUCCCUUCAAAGCACACGUCGAUAAAGUCCAGCCCAUGGAACAGGGCAAAUGGAUCCAGACCCGCAAAAUCGACUACACGGAUCCGGACGGCAAAUCGCGGGUGUGGGAGAUGGCCGUGCGGACGACACGCACGGAAACCACAGGUUUGGAUGCCGUCAGCAUUUUGGGUCUUCUCCAGAAACCGGGCAGCAAGGGCAAACACGUGGUGCUAACGAAGCAGUUCCGCCCACCCGUCGGCAAGGUGGUGGUGGAGCUUCCUGCCGGAUUGAUUGAUCCCAACGAAUCGGUGGCGACGACCGCAGAAAGAGAAUUGCUCGAGGAAACCGGCUACCAUGGCAAAGUGACUAAAGAGUCAAUUCCGCUAUACAGUGAUCCUGGCUUGACCAAUGCAAACAUGGCGUUGGCCACUGUGGACAUUGACAUGGCCGACCCCCGCAACACAGACCCGCAGCCGCAGUUGGAGGACGGCGAGUAUAUCGAAGUAUUUACGUUGCCGAUGGCGGGUUUGUAUGAUGGGCUUCUUGCCGUGUGUGAAAAAGAAGGCACGACUGUGGACGCCCGGCUUUUUCACUUGGCCGAGGGUCUCCGUCUAGCCGACGCUUUACAAUGA